AGUUGGAGAUUUUUCAGGUCAUAAUAUGAAAAUGUUACUGAUUUUGUUCCUCAUAAUAAUUUGUUCCCAUGUUUCUGUGAAUAAAGAUCCUGGCCCUGAGUAUGCAGAUGUGGUGUUUCUGGUGGACAGCUCUGAUCACCUGGGAAUUAAGUCCUUCCCAUUUGUGAAAGUGUUCAUCACCAAAAUGAUCAACAGUCUCCCCAUAGAAGCCGACAAAUACCGCGUGGCCCUGGCCCAAUACAGCGAUGAGCUCCACAGCGAAUUCCAGCUGAGCACCUUCAAGAGCAGGAACCCCAUGUUGAACCACCUCAAGAAGAACUUCGGGUUCAUUGGUGGGUCCCUGAGGAUAGGACGCGCUCUCCAGGAGGCUCACAGGACUUUCUUCUCUGCACCCACAAAUGGGAGAGACAAGAAGCAGUUCCCCCCUAUUUUGGUCGUCCUGGCUUCAGCCGAGUCUGAGGAUGAUGUGGAAGAGGCUUCGAAGGCCCUGCGGAAAGACGGGGUGAAAAUCAUCUCCGUGGGGAUGCAGAAAGCAUCUGAGGAAAACCUGAAGUCCAUGGCCACGUCCCAGUUUCAUUUCAACCUCCGGACGGUCAGAGACCUCAGCACGUUUUCCCAAAACAUGACGCAGAUCAUCAAGGAUGUGACAAAGUACAAGGAAGCAGCAGUUGAUGAUAUCAUUGUAGAAGUUUGCCAAGGCCCUUCUGUGGCCGAUGUUGUGUUCCUGUUCGAUGUGUCUAUCAAUGGAAGCCAGGAGAACUUUGACUACCUUAAAGAAUUCCUGGAAGAAAGUGUAUCUGCCCUUGACAUAAAGGAAAAUUGCAUGAGAGUUGGCCUCGUGGCCUAUAGCAAUGAGACGAAGGUGAUAAAUUCACUGAGCAGGGGCGUAAAUAAGUUGGAGGUUCUCCAGAAUAUACAGAACCUCUCUCCCCAGGCUGGGAAGGCCUAUACUGGAGCUGCCAUCAGAAAGCUCAAGAAGGAAGUCUUCAGAGCACAGAAUGGCAGCCGGAAGAAUCAGGGGGUGCCUCAGAUUGCAGUGCUGGUGACCCACAGAGCUUCGGAAGACAACGUGACUAAGGCAGCCCUUAACCUCCGGCGCGAGGGCGUGACCAUAUUCAUCUUGGGCAUAGAGGGGGCUAGUGACACCCAGUUGGAAAAGAUAGCAUCUCACCCAGCUGAGCAGUAUGUCUCCAAACUGAAGACCUUCUCUGACCUGGCAGCUCACAACCAGACCUUUCUGAAGAAGCUGCGGAACCAAAUAACACACAUGGUCUCUGUCUUUUCAGAAAGGACUGAAACACUCAAAUCUGGUUGUGUGGAUACUGAGGAAGCCGACAUCUACCUGCUCAUUGAUGGCUCAGGGAGCACCCAGCCCACAGAUUUCCAAGAAAUGAAGACCUUCCUGUCAGAGGUGGUAGGCAUGUUCAACAUCGGUCCCCACAAGGUGAGGGUCGGGGCCGUUCAGUAUGCCGACAGCUGGGACUUGGAAUUUGAGAUCGAUAAAUACUCAAACAAGCACGAUUUGGGAAGGGCCAUUGAGAACAUCAGGCAGAUGGGUGGGAAUACCAACACAGGCGCAGCCCUGAAUUUCACACUGAGUCUGUUGCAAAAAGCAAAGAAGCAGCGAAGAACCAAAGUGCCACGUCACCUUGUUGUCCUGACAAACGGCAUGUCCGAGGAUAGCGUCUUGGAGCCUGCAGACAGACUGAGAGAAGAGCACAUCCGUGUCUACGCCAUCGGAGUCAAGGAGGCUAACCAAACGCAGCUGAGAGAAAUUGCAGGCGAGGAAAAAAGAGUGUACUAUGUGCAUGACUUCGAUGCUUUGAAAGACAUAAGAAACCAAGUUGUUCAAGAAAUCUGUGCUGAAGAAGCCUGCAAAGAGAUGAAAGCUGACAUCAUGUUUCUGGUGGACAGUUCUGGCAGUAUAGGACUUGAAAACUUCAGCAAAAUGAAAACAUUUAUGAAAAACCUGGUGAGCAAAUCUCAGAUUGGGGCAGAUCGGGUGCAAAUUGGUGUAGUCCAGUUCAGCGACAUCAAUAAGGAGGAGUUUCAGCUCAACAAAUUCACAUCCCAAAGUGACAUUUCAAAUGCAAUAGACCGAAUGGCUCACAUUGGAGAAACCACCUUGACCGGUAGUGCCCUGACCUUUGUGGCUCAGUACUUCAGCCCCAGCAAGGGGGCCCGGCCCAAUGUCAGGAAGUUUCUCAUCCUCAUCACGGAUGGUGAAGCUCAGGACAUAGUAAAGGACCCAGCAGUAGCUCUUCGGCAAGAAGGCAUAAUUAUCUACUCUGUGGGAGUGUUCGGCUCCAAUGUCACCCAGCUCGAGGAGAUCAGCGGGAGGCCUGAGAUGGUUUUUUAUGUUGAGAAUUUUGACAUUCUGCAGCACAUUGAAGAUGAUCUUGUUUUUGGAAUAUGCAGUCCUCGUGAAGAAUGCAAGCGGAUUGAAGUUUUGGAUGUCGUGUUUGUAAUCGAUAGCUCUGGCAGCAUUGACCAUGACGAAUAUAAUAUCAUGAAGGACUUUAUGACUGGCUUAGUGAAAAAAGCCGACGUUGGCAAGAAUCAGGUCCGGUUUGGGGCUCUGAAGUACGCUGAUGACCCAGAGGUGCUAUUUUAUCUGGAUGACUUUGGCACAAAAUUGGAGGUGAUUUCAGUGCUCCAGAAAGACCAGCCCAUGGGGGGCAACACGUACACUGCUGAGGCACUAGGCUUCUCAGACCACAUGUUCACUGAAGCCCGGGGCAGCCGCCUGCACAAGGGGGUCCCCCAAGUCCUCAUCGUGAUCACCGAUGGGGAAUCUCAUGAUGCUGAUAAACUCAAUGCCACAGCGAAGGCCUUGAGGGACAAAGGCAUUCUUGUCCUGGCUGUGGGGAUUGCUGGGGCCAAUCCUGUGGAACUAUUAGCCAUGGCAGGGUCAAGUGACAAGUACUUCUUCGUGGAGACUUUUGGAGGCCUGAAGGGGAUAUUUUCAGAUGUGUCAGCCAGUGUCUGUAAUUCUUCAAAAGUAGAUUGUGAAAUUGAUAAAGUAGAUCUUGUUUUCCUCAUGGAUGGUUCAAAUAGCAUUCACCCAAGUGACUUCAAGAAGAUGAAGGAAUUUUUAGCAUCUGUUGUUCAAGACUUUGAUGUCAGCCUCAACAGAGUGCGUGUAGGAGCAGCCCAGUUUAGCCAUACCUAUCGGCCGGAGUUUCCGCUGGGAACUUUCACAGGUGAAAAGGAGAUAUCGUUUCAGAUUGAAAACAUCCAGCAGAUCUUUGGAUACACACACAUUGGUGCUGCACUCCAGCAGGUGGGACAUUACUUCCAGCCAGACAUGGGCAGCAGGAUAAACACAGGUACUCCACAGGUGUUGCUGGUCCUUACAGAUGGCCAGUCCCAAGAUGAGGUGGCGCAGGCUGCUGAGGCCCUGAGGCACAAAGGCAUCGACAUCUACUCUGUGGGCAUCGGGGAUGUGGAUGACCAGCAGCUCAUUCAGAUCACCGGGACUGCAGAUAAAAAACUGACAGUUCAUAACUUUGAUGAACUGAAAAAGGUCAAAAAAAGGAUUGUUCGCCACAUCUGUACCUCGGGGGGCGAGAGCAAUUGCUUUGUGGAUGUCGUGGUGGGAUUUGAUAUCUCAACUCAGCAGAAAGGGCAGACUUUGCUCGAAGGCCAGUCUUGGACAGGAACCUACCUUCAAGAAAUCUUACAUGCCAUCAGCUCCCUCAAUGGGGUGAGCUGUGAGGUGGGCACAGAGACUCAGGUCAGUGUGGCUUUUCAAGUGACAAAUGCCAUGGAAAAGUACUCUCCCAAGUUUGAGAUCUACAGUGAAAACAUACUGAACAGCUUAAAAGGUAUAACAGUUAAAGGACCAUCUCUUCUCAAUGCAAACCUCUUGAGUUCUCUAUGGGAUACAUUUCAGAAUAAAUCAGCUGCUCGAGGAAAGGUGGUCCUUUUAUUUUCAGAUGGAUUGGAUGAUGAUAUUGAAAAACUUGAACAAAAAUCUGAUGAACUUAGAAAGAAAGGUCUGAAUGCCCUCAUAACUGUUGCUCUGGAUGGACCUGUAGAUUCCAGUGACUCAGGUGAUCUUCCCUACAUUGAAUUUGGGAAAGGAUUUGAGUACAGGACACAGCUCACUAUCGGCAUGAGGGAUCUUGGAAGCCGGCUAUCAAAGCAGCUGGUCAAUGUUGCUGAAAGGACAUGCUGCUGUUUGUUCUGCAAGUGCAUUGGAGGAGAUGGCUCAAUGGGAGAUUCUGGACCACCAGGGAAAAAGGGAUCCCCGGGUUUUAAAGGCAGUGAAGGUUAUCUGGGAGAGGAGGGCAUUGCUGGAGACAGAGGAGCCCCCGGACCCGUGGGAGAGCCAGGUACUAAGGGAUGCCAUGGCACCAAAGGUCCUAAGGGAAACAGGGGACUAAGUGGACAGGAGGGAGAAGCUGGGGAAAUUGGACUUGAUGGAUUAAAUGGAGAACAGGGUGACAGUGGUCUUCCUGGAAGAAAAGGAGAAAAGGGUGAUGAGGGAUCCCAGGGAAGCCCAGGAAAGAGAGGGACUUCUGGUGACCGUGGAGCAAAGGGCCUGCGAGGAGAUCCUGGAGUUCCUGGAUUUGAUAACAGCAUAGAAGGACCCAAGGGCUUGAAGGGAGAACGUGGAAGACAAGGUAGAAGAGGCUGGCCAGGCCCUCCCGGAACACCAGGCUCCAGAAGAAAGACAGCUGCUCAUGGCCGAAGGGGACAUACAGGUCCACAGGGAAAAACAGGCAUUCCAGGCCCAGAUGGACUUGAAGGCUCACUGGGACUUAAGGGCCCUCAGGGCCCAAGAGGAGAGGCUGGUGUGAAAGGAGACAAAGGAGCCCUGGGAAGUAAAGGGCCCCAGGGGCCUCCAGGACCCGGAGGAGAAGCAGGGAAUCAAGGCCAUUUGGGAAGCCAAGGAAAUAAAGGAGAACCUGGAGAUCUGGGCGAAAAAGGAGCUAUUGGCUUUCCUGGUCCUCGAGGCUUGCCGGGUAAUGAUGGCAGUCCAGGUUAUGGUACUGUUGGAAGUAAGGGAGCAAAAGGGCAAGAAGGAUUCCCUGGAGAAAGUGGACCUAAGGGUGAGAUUGGGGACGCUGGUGACCCAGGAGAGACAGGACCCAAGGGAGCUAGAGGCAAAAUGGUAUCUGCUGGGCUUCCAGGAGAGCAAGGAUCCCCUGGGGAGCCAGGACCUCCUGGACGCAAGGGUGUGAAAGGUGCCAAAGGAUUGGCUUCAUUUUCAACAUGUGAGCUUAUUCAGUAUGUGCGAGACCACAGUCCUGGUGGACACGGAAAACCCGAAUGCCCGGUGCAUCCAACCGAGCUGGUGUUCGCGCUAGACCAGUCCCGGGACGUCACGGAGGAGGAAUUUGAGCGCAUGAAGGGGAUGGUGGCCUCCCUGGUGAGAGACGUGAAGGUGCGGGAGGCCAGCUGCCCCGCGGGGGCGCGCGUCGCCAUCCUCUCCUACAGCUCCCACGCCAGGCACCUCGUCCGCCUCUCGGACGCCUACAGGAAGAACCGACUUCUCAGGGAGAUCCAGGCCAUUCCGUACGAGAGAUCCUCAGCCAGCCGGGAGAUUGGCAAAGCAAUGAGGUUUAUUUCCAGGAACGUCUUCAAGCGCACGCUCCCGGGCGCGCACACGAGACGCGUCGCCACGCUUUUCAGCAGCGGUCAGUCCUCCGACGCCCAGGCCGUCGUCGCGGCUGCCAUGGAGUUCAGCGCGCUCGGCGUCGUCCCCGUGGUGGUGGCCUUCGGCAACGUGCCCGCCGUCAGGCGCGCCUUUGCGAUUGACGACACUGGCACGUUUCAAGUAAUAGUGGUUCCCUCUGGGGCGGAGGCUGACUACACACCAGCGUUAGAGAGACUCCAGCGGUGCACUUUCUGCUACGAUAUAUGCAAGCCAGAUGCUUCUUGUGACCAAGCCAGGCCACCUCCUGUGCAGUCUUACAUGGAUGCUGCUUUCCUUCUGGAUGGCUCCCGGAACGUGGGAAGUGCUGAAUUUGAAGAUAUAAGAGGCUUCCUGGGAGCACUGCUAGAUCACUUUGAAAUCACCCCAGAGCCUGAAACCUCUGUCACUGGAGACCGAGUGGCCCUAUUGAGCCAUGCUCCCCCCAACUUCCUACCCAACACUCACAAGAGUCCUGUGAGAACAGAGUUCAACCUUACUACCUACAGCAGUAAGCGCCUCAUGAAGAGGCACGUAGAAGAAUCAGUUCAACAACUAAAUGGAGAUGCUUUUAUUGGUCAUGCCUUACAAUGGACUCUGGACAAUAUCUUUUUAAGUGCACCCAAUCUGAGAAGAAAUAAAGUCAUAUUUGUGAUAUCUGCUGGGGAAACCAGUCACUUGGAUGAGGAAACUUUAAAGAAAGAAUCUUUGAGAGCUAAAUGUCAGGGGUAUGCCCUAUUUGUGUUUUCCCUUGGCCCUACUUGGAAUGAUAAGGAACUGGAAGAUUUAGCCAGCCACCCUUUGGAUCACCACUUGGUCCAGCUUGGCCGAAUUCAUAAACCUGACCACAGAUACGGUGUGAAGUUUAUGAAGUCUUUUAUAAACUCAAUCAGGCGUGCAAUCAACAAAUACCCACCAAUACACUUCAAAACAAAGUGCAACAGACUCAGCUCUGCAGAUCCAAAGCAGCCUCCACGACAGUCUCGAAGCUUUGUUCCUGGAUCACAUAAAGCUGCCCUCAAAGAAGAUGCAUUACAGGAGGCAAAAUUCUUUCAAGACAAAAAAUAUCUUUCAAGAGUAGCAAGAAGCGGCAGAGACGCUAUUCAAAAUUUUACCAGAAACACAUCCCAUACCUUUAAAAAUGGAAAAAAGGUAAUAAAAACUCCCAAACAACAUGGUGAAGGAAGUGCUGGAACAAUUUAG